CAGAGCUGCAACAUGUCCAACGCCCAGCACGCGGCCGAACCUGCCCCCGAUCCGCGUGCGAUCUGGUUUGGUGCUCCCUGCGGGCCAUCGACGCGGCGAUCCGUUGCUGUGGCAGGGGACAUGGCCUCGGAUGUGGCAAAAUUCGCUGCGACCACGCCGGAGCGCGCGAGCUGCUGGGAGACGGAUGCGCCGGUCUUUAUCCUGGGCGCGGACGGGCAAACGCACGAGACGCGGCCCACCACCUCGCUGGCGCAGGACCUGGACAAGCUCGAGGCCGAUGCUCCGAGCCCCAGCCGAGCGCGGAGGAGGGAGGCGGACGAGCGCCCCAUUGCGCCUGCCGAGGCGCGGCCAACUGAGCGCCGGCUGUCCUUUGCGGACCGCCCUUUGAGCGGAUUUGGCGGCUCCAGCCCCAGUUUCCAGCAACGCCGCUCAAUUGGAGGCUACGAGAACACGGCGCCCGCGCCGUGCAGCCGCAGGUCGAGCACCGGCUCUGUGAAGAGUCCCGCGGAGCGCUCCGAGCGCUCCGAGCGCUCCGUGCGUCAGAGCCGCACUUCCUACGAGCCCGUCGAGAAGCUCUUGAGCUUGGGCAUCGACAAGGAGGCAGCGCGGGUGGCGCUUGCGGCGGUGGGGGGUGACGUGGAGAAGGCGAAGCGCUUGGUGCUGGAGGAUUCCCAGGCCCACGUCUCCCGGGAGGCCUGUGAGUGGGAGUUUGAGGGCGACAAGGGGUGGGUGCCUUUUGAUGUGGACUCCGACCGCACCCUGCGGUCUGCUUUGGAGCGCAGGAAGGAGGCCUGCGAGCUCCGGUUCAACGGGCACAGAUACAUCAUCGACUUCAACAGCAUGACGCAGCUGAACCUGGCCACGCAGCGCACCCGGCAGAUCAGAAGGCGCGGCACGACAUCGGCUGCUUCCUCUUCCGGCGUCCCAUCCGCGCACGAGCGCAGCCGGGCUCGGUAACACAGGCCGCCCGGUUGAAGCUUCGCGGGGAGCUGGCAGAAGGACCCACUUGUGGUCUGACAAAU